AUGUCCAAGUACGCGCCUCAUCACAGGUCCGCACCUCGUGCGACGUCGUCCACGAUCUGUCAGAAAUGUCUACAAACAGGUCACUUCACUUACGAGUGUAAAUCGCCCCGCCCGUAUGUAUCUCGUCCAUCGAGGACGCAGAUGAUGGAAAAUCCUAAAUUACUCGCCAAACUCAAGGCAGAUGGAAAGCCAUCCGUAGAGGUGCCAGAAGAGUUUACGAGAAAGAGUGGGACGGCAAACCGUAUCUUGGAAGCCAAAGAGAAAGAGAGAGCAAAAGAAAAAUCGUCUACAGCCACCUCCGCGUCCACCUCCGAUACCAGGAAGAAAGCACGAAGGUAUGGGGACCUCUCGCAGCUGUGCUCCUACAAACCAUUUUCUAUCACAGGUCUAGCCGAUCUACCACAGAUAGCCCGGAUUCGAAUUCCUCUUCGACGUCUGAUUCUGAUUCUGAAUCAGACUCGGAUUCAAACUCGGAUUCCACGACGACUUCGCACUCCAGUGAUGACAGUGAUGAUUCCGACUCCGAUUCUCGUUCGUCCUCAAGCUCCAACUCAUCGCGCUCCAGAGAACGUGACAGAAAGAGACGUGUUCCUCGCGGGCGCCGCAGCCGUAGUCGCAGUCGCGGUCGUUCAUAUUCAUCUUCAUUGUCAAGAUAGGCUCAUGGACGAAUGGCUGUCUUGA